CGAAGCACCUUGGCUUUUUUAUUUUUUUAAACAUACACUGUAUAGGUAAGGUCCGUGUUUAUUUACUGUCUGUACGGAAGAAGAACAUGACCCAUGUUUAGGCGUUUUGGUUUUUAGACCAGAAAAAACAACGUCCUAGAUGUAAGAUAUGACUUAAUCCGUAAGCUGGUUUCGUUUGAGUCAGCGCUUUAUAACGCUGGACGGAGUGCAGUUUUGUGUCACUAUGUUAGCUUAGCUACCGAGCUAGCAUGAUAGAUAACUAACGUUCACGCGCUCGUCGGCUCCAGACAGUUCCGUCUGAGAGGAAAAAUAUGGAAUGAAUAUUUAGGUUUAGUAAUUUAUAUCAACAGGAACCUGCUUAGACACUAUUAAGGAUAUAUAUCCAUUCAGCUCAGUGAGCAUUUUGUGAUAAAAACAAGUCAUAAUUCAGGUAACAGUCCGUACUGCAAAAUCAUAAACGGCUGGUUGUAAAGUGGUUUAUAAAAGACACGAAGAAGUGAAACAUCCGGCCACUGUGGUCACUGCUCCUGCCCAAACCUUCACAGCUGUGUUGGACGUUGAGGCGCGAUCUCGUCCCUGCCCUGACCUGCUGAAGCAUGCUGCAAGAAUGCAGUCUGUAAACAGAAGAGAUGCUGGAGUAUGGCAACAAACCAGGAGCCUGCUCUACAAAAACCUCCUCAUCAAAUGGAGAACCAAGCAACAAAGUCUGCAGGAGCUGAUCCUUCCUCUGCUCCUUUUGGGCCUUCUCAUCCUUAUCAGCAUGCUGAACCCCCAUACCUCUUAUGGCAGCACCAGUACUACUGAGCUUGAGGAUGAGCAGUACCUGUCAUUCAAAGGCCUGGGCUACACCCCCAUAACAAAUGUUACAAGUCAGAUUAUGGAGGAGGUGGCACAAGAGCUACACAUGCAGGACCGAUUGGAGAUGUUCUCUAGUGAAGAAGAUCUGGAAAACGCCAGCUUGUAUGAGCCAAUUAACUAUGUGGGCGUGGUGUUCCUUGAUAAAAUGUCCUAUCAGCUACGUUUCCCCUACUACCAGGUCCCUUUGCCUAGUGACUACACUGAGUCAAAUGCAAACUGUUAUGCCAAUUCUUUAAAUUGCUAUGCAGCAAACUACUGGUACUCUGGGUUCAUACGCCUACAGUCACUGAUCGACGCUGCUAUCAUCCAGAUGCAGACAAAGCGUUCAGCAUGGAGAGAACUGAAAGUACGUGUGGUAAUGAUGGGUCACCCAGGCUCAGUGGAGGUCCAGAAGUUUCCUCAUGCUCUCAUCUCCAUCUAUCUAGUGCUGGCCUUCACACCGUUUGUCUCCUUCCUUAUUGUCAAUGUAGCAGCUGAGAAAGAGCAUCGACUCAAAGACACCAUGAGCAUGAUGGGACUGUAUGACACUGCAUUCUGGCUUUCAUGGGGUCUUCUCUAUGCUGCCCUAGUGACCACAAUGUCUGUUCUUAUGGCUAUUAUUGCGACAUGGACCCCUCUCUUUUCCAACAGCAAUUUCCUCAUCAUCUUCCUCCUCAUUUUUCUCUAUGGAAUAUCCACUAUCUUCUUCUCCUUUAUGCUGACUCCUUUAUUUAAGAAACCCAAGUUUGCAAGUACAAUGGGCUCCAUGCUGACCCUGGUGUUUGGCUCUCUGUCUCUGUUUACUGUGCUGAUGAGGGACUUUCCUCAGCUGGCUGUCUGGCUACUUUGCCUGCUUUCCCCCAGUGCCUUCUCAAUUGGUAUUGCACAGGUGGUGUAUCUGGAGGCACAGGAGGAUGGGGCAGUCUUUUCCACUCUGGCUAAUGGCCCUCAUCCACUCUAUGUGCCACUGCUUAUGCUUUGCUUAGACUGUAUCCUCUAUCUACUGCUUGCUAUUUACCUAGAGCAGGUUCUGCCAGGUGAGUAUGGAAUGCGACGCUCCAUGAUAUACUUCCUGAAGCCUUCUUAUUGGUCAAGACGCAGGAAGCGCUAUGUGGAAGUGAGCUCUGUAUAUGAGGCAGAGGUGAAUGGAACUCCUACAGCUGAUGAAUCAGUCGAGCCUGUUUCUCCUGAGUUUAGAGGCAAAGAAGCUAUCAGGAUCUGUAACAUCCGCAAAACCUAUAAAGGUAAAGACAGCACAGUGGAAGCACUAAGAGGGUUGACCUUUGACAUCUAUGAAGGCCAAAUUACAGCUCUGUUGGGUCACAGUGGAGCAGGAAAGUCUACCCUCAUGAACAUCCUGUGCGGAAUUUGCCCUCCAACAGAAGGCUCUGCUACCAUAUAUGGUUCCCCGGUAGCGGAAAUAGCAGAUGGAGCUGAGAUGAAGCAGCUUGUGGGGAUCUGCCCUCAGUUCAAUAUCAUCUUUGAUGUGCUGACUGUAGAGGAGCACCUGAAGAUUUUUGCAGCUAUUAAAGGCAUUCUGCCCUGUGACAUUGAUAAUGAGGUUAAGAAAGUUUUAAAGGCUCUAGACCUGGAGAAGAUAAUGGAUGCCCAGGCCAAGAACCUGAGUGGAGGUCAGAAGAGGAAGCUCUCUGUGGGCAUUGCAAUUCUAGGAGACCCCAAGAUCCUGCUUCUAGAUGAACCUACAGCUGGUAUGGACCCAGUGUCACGUCACCAACUGUGGUCAUUACUGAAGAGUCGGCGAGCAGGCAGAGUUACUGUCCUCAGCACACACUAUAUGGAUGAAGCGGACAUACUUGCAGAUCGUAAGGCAGUUAUCUCUCAAGGCCAGCUGAAAUGUGUGGGUUCUUCUCUCUACCUCAAAACCAAAUGUGGUGUCGGCUACCAUCUCAGGAUGUCUGUGACUGAAACCUGCGAGGUAGACAGCCUCACAUCAUUGGUGAAGCAGCAUGUUUUGAAGGCUGAGUUGUCAAGGCAACAAGAAGCUGAACUCACAUUCACGUUGCCUUUUGAGAGCAUGGAAACAUUUCCAGGGCUUUUUGCCAUGCUGGACAGUAGAUCUGAUUUGGGCAUCAUUAACUAUGGUGUUUCCAUGACAACAUUAGAAGAUGUCUUUCUGCGUUUGGAGGCAGAAGCAGAAGUGGACCAGGCAGAUUACAGUGUGUUUAACCAGGAGAAAGUAGAUGAAGGAGGUGAUGCCUUCUAUCUGGAUGAUGUGGACCAGAGACCACUGACCUUCUCAGAGGGCAGGCAUGAUGUAGUGACAGGCCACACCCUUUGGAGGCAGCAGUUUAGUACUGUGGCCUGGCUCCAUAUGCUCAACCUGCAGAGGGAGAAGAAACCCAUCAUAUACAAUGUGACACUGUUCCUGGUCUUCUUGACUGCAGUGCUGGUUCUGUCACUGGUUACAGGGAAUAUUCAGAUCCACUCCCCUGAGAGACAGUUCCAGCCUAUUUAUCUGCUCCGCAGCCAUGAAGCACCUCACAAAUAUGCCACCAGCUUACUCGUGCUCAACUCCUCUGACUCUGAUAUAUCAGGCUUCAUUCAUAAUCUCGAGUCUCAGGACAUUAAGGUGGAAAUAAUGAGGCAACCAGACUACAUGUCUGCUGCACCUCACAGCGCUGCCAUCAAUGUAACAGGUUCCAGUAAGGGUUUUAAUUACAUUGUAGCCUUUAACAGUACCGCAGUGCACUCUUUGCCAAUGGCAGUGAAUGUUCUUAGCAACGCCCUCCUCAGAGGCUACAAUGGUACUGGUCACAUUAACACCUGGACCAAACCCUUCGACUAUCAAAUCCCAGAUUCAACAUCCUAUGCUCUGGUUUACAUUGAGGCUGUGAUACUGGGUAUGCUGGCAGCUGGAAUGCCAGCCUAUUUUGCAAUGGACCAUACACGAGAUCGAGAGAUAAAAUGUCGUUCAACACUGAGGAUCUCUGGUUUGGUGCCAUCAUCAUACUGGUGUGGGCAGGCAGCUGUAGAUAUCCCCUUCUACUACCUCAUCCUCAUCUGUAUGACCUGCACAUUGUUCGCGUUUCACUCCACAGACCUGCUUUCCAACAAUAAUGUCUUGGCUGUGAUUAUUUGCCUCAUUGGUUUCUGCCCAGCCACGAUCCUAUUCACAUACUGUGUGUCGUUCAUGUUUACUAAAGUCCAGAGCAACAGAGACUUUUUCUCGGUCAUCUCUAUGAUGGUUUGUGUAGUAUCUGCCUCCAUAGUCCAGCUGGUCUUUGUGAAUGAUAAUCCUGGACUAACACGUUUUCUACAUAAUGUGCUGUGUUUUUUCAACCCAUUGUAUCCUUUGAUGGGUUGCCUCAACUGCAUUACCAAGGCUACAUUCCAACGAGCUUUCCACGAGGAGUUCCUUUGGAAGAAUCUACUGAUUGCUGUUAUUGCUCCCUAUUUCCAGUGCAUUUUGCUGCUUUUCUUGCUGCGAUGGCUCGAGAUCCGCUAUGGAGGGCAAACUAUGAAAAAUGACCAGCUGUGCAGGAUUUCGUGUAAAGCCAAGGGCAAAGUGCAGCGGAAUCCAGAGGAGAAUAUUAAUGAGGAUGAGGACGUUAUGGUGGAGAAGGCUCGAGUGAAGGAGGCCCUCACCUGUCAGUGCUGUGAAGAGAAACCAGUGGUGGUGGUGAGUAACCUGAGGAAGGAGUACUUAGUGAAGAAAGAGGGUCUCUCCUUAAGUAAAAAGAGAAAAGUGGCUGCCAAGAACAUCUCCUUCUGUGUCCGAAAAGGUGAGGUCCUGGGGCUUCUGGGACCUAAUGGAGCAGGGAAGAGUACCAUCAUGCACAUGCUCUCUGGAGACACAACUCCCACUGCAGGACAAAUUUUGAUGGGAGAUUAUGGCACAGACUUCAGGCCAGUGGAUAACCCUCUUGAGCAUGUAGGUUACUGCCCCCAGGUAAACCCACUGUGGCCUAGGAUCACCCUACAGGAGCACCUCCAGAUCUAUGCUGCAAUUAAGGGUUUACACGACAACGAUGUACCGAACAUCAUCCGACGCGUGGUUAAUGCACUGGAGUUGAAGGACCACCUUCAUAAACAGGCUAAAAGUCUGUCUGCAGGGCUUAAGAGGAAGUUGUGUUUUGCAUUAAGCAUGCUGGGGAACCCUCAGAUUGUGCUCCUAGAUGAACCUUCAUCUGGGAUGGACCCCAAGUCUAAGCAGCGUAUGUGGAGAGCGAUGCGAGUGGCCUUUAAAAACAAACAGCGGGGCGCUAUCUUGACAACACACUACAUGGAAGAAGCAGAAGCUGUGUGUGACCGAGUAGCCAUCAUGGUUUCUGGCCAUUUACGGUGCAUUGGUUCCAUACAACACCUAAAGGGGAAAUAUGGUCGAGGUUACAGUCUGGAGAUUAAGCUUCGAGAAGACCUCACAGGUCUCCAGCAGGUGGCACUUCUUCACAAGGAGAUACUAAGGAUCUUUCCUCAUGCUGCACGCCAGGAGAGUUUUGCCACAUUGAUGGUUUAUAAGAUUCCAAUGGAGGAUGUGAAAUCGCUAGCCAAGGCUUUCUCUCAGUUAGAGAGUGCUCGGCGAAACUUCAAUUUUGAAGAUUACAAUUUUUCCCAGUCUACCUUGGAGCAGGUUUUCAUGGAAUUUGCUAAAGAGCAGGAGAACGAGGAAGAGGAAGUGGGCUCUCUCAGCACCACCUUCCAGUGGCAGCGGCUCCUGCAGGAUGGCAGAACAUCCGUCAAUCAGUCUGAUAGCAUUGUCCACCAGUUAUGAGCCAGUUCUUUCAGCCCUUUGUCUCCCCCUCCCAUCUCUGUCUGCCUGUAUGUCUCACUCCAGAUAGUUGCUGCCCCAGUAUGAGGUGCUGUGAUGGUCUGCAGAUCCAUGAAGUUGGCACGGGCACCAAUUCAACCAGCAUGACUGCAUUAUUCAUGUCUCAGUCAACACUUGCUGAUUCCUAAGCUUGCGCAUUUUUUUUUUUAAAUAUUUAAUUUGAAUUCCCACCCUCUGAUGUCUUCUACUUACCUUUGCUACUUACUGGCAUUUGUGAACAGAUUUAUACCAUGUUCGUUUGUGUCUUGAGCUUGAGCUUAUCUACCAUCUGCUGGGUGAUGUCAUACAUUUUGAAUCAGUCGGAAGGUACUACAACGGAGGAAUAUUGCUAAAUCACUUUCUCACAUCAACACUAUAAAAGGUGCUUUUAGUUUUUGUAGCAAGAGAUCUAUAUUUUAGAUCUAUUGUGUAUAUACUUUGUUCUUGGGAAUCUGAUGCAUGUGCUUGAACCUUCACAAACACAGAGGGUCUGCGGAGUGAGAUUUUCUUCUAGCUUCUAUCUCAGCCUUGAAAGUGUUUUUCUGACUUUGUCAAGGUGACAGCACUGCUGAGGCAUACCAGCAUGUGGAGACUUUGCUUCACAACCCCACCAUGAUCCUGAGGAGUGUCCUCUGCCCCUGCUGCACCAGAGGAGCGCUUGGACUCCUUUUCCAACACCAGCACGUGCUUCAGGCCCUCAGACAUACAGCUGUCUAAAGACUGACGCCUGAUCAGUAGGCAUAGAACUGUACACAUCAAUAUAGGUACUGAAAAGCAAAUGAUUUCACAAAGCGACACUUUUUCUCUCUCUCUGUUUGUGCGUGUGUGUGUGUUUCUUUCCUUGGGGCCUUCCUUACACCUUCCUGUUCUCGUGUAAAUGUCAUAAAUGAUUGAAUGUAGAACGUAGUUUCCCAUGCACUCCACUUACAUGCAUGUAGCACUCCAGAUUUAUCAGAAUUGAAAACAUAGCCUCGAGGUGGUGGGGAAGGCUUUGAAGUCGGAGGACUUGUUUCCUUUUCGGUUUUAAUUAUUUAACAUCAGUUCUCGACAAGUCCUUGAACACAUGAAUGGGCUAUUUUGUGUGUUAUUGAAAAAUGGGAUUGUUGCAGUUGUUUUAUCCGAUAUUUGUAGCAAAGAUUAAGAGCUUUAUGGUGGAGAAUUUGCUUUUAAAUGGACCGAGCUUAUUUUUACACACUCCAAUUGUAUUCACUUAUUUUGAUUUAUUUGACCCUUUUGGAAGAAAACUGGUAUUGGAUAUGAACAUUGUUGAUUUAACGGUGUUCUCUGGUUGUUGAUUCACAUUUUAUAGAACAAGUGACAGUUUGAAUUAUUUAUAAUUUAUUGUAAUUUUCAAAAGGAGAACGGAGUUUAGAGUUUGCAGUAAAGCAAUUCUUUCCACAUCCAUAUUUUUCUUUCUACAGUUCAGUGCAAGAGAGAUGCUUUCAUGUUUCAGGUAGGUCAAAGAAGUGCAGUUCAAAAAUUCAGCAGCAAUUAAAAAAAAAAAAAACCCACCCAACAUUUUACUGAGGUGGAAUAAGUGUUAUUAUAGUUACCUCUUCUCCCUUGGUUAGCAGUUGUCAUGCAGAGUAAUUUUUAUUUUUUCUUGAUCUGUGGUUGGAUGGAUGAAACGUUCCAAUGAAAGACUGUAUUUUUGUUCCCAAUGAGUCAUGAGCAUGCAGUUGAACUCAAUAACCCGGCACCUUUAAUCCUGUGUAAGAGUGGCGGUUUUACCCUGUUGGUCAGGAACACAAGGAGCUAUGUAAAGUUGUUGCAGGUUUUGUCUAUAUGAAAAGCUGUUGAAGUGUGUUCUGGUGUCUUUAGGGGUUGGCUACUUGUUUGUACAUAUUUCAAUAUUUUUCUCUUCUCCUGCACAAUUAAAACUCUUUUUGUCCCUGCAUAUACAGUAAAAUGAGGGAGGUAUUCUGCUUGAAUCAGUCCUAAAAAAUUGUAAUUUAUCUUAAGAUGGUGCAACAUAUUAAUUUUGGUAUGUCUACUAUAUUUUAUGUUCAUUUAGGGUUUUGAGGGCUUUUGAAAUAUCUGGAGUAUUUCUACUGAACUGUCCUGCUGUCCCUUGCAACUAUCCAUCAGGAAGUGCUAAUAUUUUAUUUGUAAUAUUCUAAGAAGCAGGUUCAAAUUUAUUUAAAGUGUCCAAUAGGAUCAAGAGCAAUGCACUAACAUAAGCAGUGAGGCCAGUUAAUAUUAAAGCCAAGCUGAGUAUGUAGGCUUUCUGCAAAACAUCUGUAAUGUGAAAAGUGUUGGAGAUUGUUGGACUGUUCGACUUAUGGUACCACUACUUUUGUUUGUGUAUUCGUAAAGUGGCAAGUUGCUAUUGUUUACUAAAUGAGCUUUAUUUUUACACAUACAGUGCCCUCGAUGAUUAAUGGCACCCCUUGUAAAGAUUAAUAAAAAAGGGGUAGAAAAAAAAAUUCGCCUUUCGGUGAAGUUGCUUCAUCUUGCACUGAAAAAAUGAGCAAAAUCUAACUUUCUAAUUUAAAUAAGUUUAUUGAGAGAAAAACAAAUCCCUCAUCAAGAAAGAUUUUCAAUAAAAACACGUGCCACUAUUAUUGACACCCCUGCAUUUAAUAUAUUGUACAACCUCUGUUUGCCAGUAAAAUCGCACUGAGUCUCCUGUGACAUUUUAUAAGGUUGGAGAUGCAGAGCAGGACAUCUGAGACCGUUCCUCUUUACACAUCAUCCAGGGUCCUCGGCCCUCUCUUGUACACUCUCCCUCUUCAGUUCACCCUACAGAUUUUCAAUGGAGUUCAGGUCAGGGGACUGAGAUGGCCAGGGCAGAAGCUUGAUUCUGUGGUCAGCGAACUGUUUGUGUGUUGAUUUGGACGCAUGCUUCAGGUCCUUGUUCUGCUUGAAAAUUCAGUGACGACCCAGUUUCAGUUUUCUAGUAGAGGCAGCCAGAUUUUGAUUUAAAAUGUCUUGGUAUUUCAUGGAGUCCAUGAUGCCAGGGACCCUGGAGGAAAAACAGCCCCAAAACAUCACAGAACUUCCACUAUAUUUUACAGUUGGGAUCGGGUUCUUUUCAUUAUAGCCAUUCUUCUUUUUAUACCAAACCCACCUUGAGUGUUUAUUGCCAAAAAGCUCCAUUUUUGUUUUAUCAGACCGUAGAACACAGUUCCAGUCAAAGUUGUAGUCGCGGUUUGCAAACUUCAGGUGCUUACGUCUGUGGUUAACUGACUGACAGAAAAGGCUUUUUUUUUUUUUCCGUCAUACCUUCCAAAUAAUGUUUGCUUGGAAUGGCAUCUGAUGGUGGUUUUGGAGACUUGGAAACCCCAAGAUUUUACUUGUAAUUCACCAACCGUGAUCCUUGGGGAUUUUCUUGCUUCUCUUACCAUCCUCCUCACUGUAUGUGGGGCCAAAAUAAACUUAAAUAAAACUUGAGGCCAAAAUAAACUUGAGUCCUCUUCCAGGCAAGUUUGUAGCAGUUCCAAUUAGUGUCCACAUUUGUAUUUUUGUCCUAACAGUAGAAAUGGAAAUUUUCAGGCGAGGGUUAUUUAUUUAUUUUUUAAUAACCAUUCCCUGACUUAUGAAAGUGAACACAUUUCUCCCUCAUUUGGUUUGUGUGCUCUCUUAUCUUUCCCAUGUUGAUGAAUGACCUACGGGAAUGUGGCCUCUGUGUCACCUCAUAUUUAUACUCAGUUAAUCACGAAGUCAUGGAUUACUGCUUGAAAGUUCCUGCACACUCCAAUCAACUCAAAAAUGUUCAAUUUAAAUGGAAAGCAUGCUUCAGUUACAUUGGAUUCACUAUAAUUUCCGGGGGUGUCAAUAAUAGUGGCACGUGUUUUUUGUUGAAAAUAAUUCUUUCUUGAUGAGGGACUUGUCUUUCUCUGAAUAAAUUUAUUUCAAUUAAAGGUUGGAUUUUUCUCUUUUUUUUUUUUUUUUUUUUCAGUGAGAGAUGAAGUGACUUAACCAAAAGGUGGAUUUUUUUUUCUUUUCUUCCCCAAACCCUUUUUUUUUUUUACUAAUCUUUACAAGUGGUGCCAAUAAUUGUGUAGGGCACUGUAUGUAGUCUCUUAUACUGGUAUGGUUGAACAUCUGGAUGAUGAUGUUUCUCCUUUCUUAGGGUUUGGGAUAUGAUUAAUGAAAUCUACCUUGGUUAAAUAUACUCAUUUCUACCAAAGUGCAAUAUGGAAAACCCUUUUUGUGUAUGUGUGGUAACUGGGUUUUUUUGUUUUGUUUUGUUUUGUAAAUGAUGUGUCAUGCCUAACUACAACAUCAGUGUCUAUUUUGUGAACUCAAAAGUGUCUUGCAGUAAAAUGUAGCCACCAAUAUGUAACCUUGUAGAUUGCGUUUGCCUUGUUCUCUUUAUUUAGUGCCCAGAUAACGAAACACUAUUAGAACAGUAAUUUGAAUAUAGAUUGAAUUUCAACAAACGAUUCAUUCACUACCUGAAGUGGUUAUUUUAAUAGAAUAUGUUAAUGUUUCUGUUGCCCCUUUAUUUUUGUUUCCAUAUAUACUGUAUAGUAUUUGAUCUUUUUAAACACAGCUUAUGGUACUCACAAUCAUGACUGUGAUUUUAGUUUGAUCACCUCAGGACACUGGAGUUGUUUUGUUUUCCCUUCUUUUUAAAACUGAUUUUGCUGUAUUAUGCAAUCUUUUAAGAAAAAGUGUGCACUAAUUUUCUGAGAACUCUUGUGAGCGUGAUCUUUUGUUAUUCGUUUUUGUGUUGAUUUACACAGUUAAAUUCUCCAGUAUAUGUUUGUUAAAAGGCAUUUAACCCACAGAAAUGAAAUAAAAAAAACCAUGAAAACUCCA